AUGUAUGGUUCCAAUGAUAAUUACUAUAAUACGCUAUUCACGCCUAUGUCUUACGAUUUGGGAGAGGGGCGAAGUAUGUUGCCACCUCCUCCUCCACGUCCAACUCAGCCAACUCCCUCCACUCACAUCCCAGUCGACUUUGCUACUGCCUUAGCCCUGGCCGCAGCAACUGCUGCCGCUAAUUCUAAUAACUUAAGUGGAAGUUCCAGUGGCAACACAAAUGGAGCAGCCGACAGAGACAGAAUUUGUGAUUACUCGCCGAAUUGCUAUGCCCCUCAUUCUAACUCUCCUGCUGAUUAUACUGCGAUGUACUACCCUCGUAGUGCAACUGUGGGUGGUGAAAACAGCACCUUCUACCCUACGUCAACGUCGUGGACUUAUCAGCCAUCCCAGCAGGACUGCGAUCCUCUUUACCUACGGACUGCGGGUAGUAGUUAUAAUGCAGGAGACCCUCUUCAAUCAUCGCCAUUCAAUGGCCAGUUUAACGAUCGCAUAGGGGUGAAUACUUCUCCUUACAUGAUGUAUACUAAUGGAGGUGGCGAAGACCUCGCUGAUCGAUUUAACUGUGUCAGUUUAAAUGAUGCCAUGGUGGCUCAGCAACCUCAUGUCUAUCCUGCAUCUCCACUGCAGCAAAAUGAUCCUCUGCUUAGUAAUCAGUGGCAAUCGUAUGAUCGUAAUGCUAUAGGUAUUGCUGGACCAGGGGGUGGCCGACUCAAUGAACGGUACCAUCAAGCAAGCUGCGACCCAGUGUUUGCUACCAAUGGUGAUGGACAACGGACGUGGGCAAUUGUCGCCGGAAUGAAAUCCACCCCUGACUCUGCUGAUAUCUCCAACUGGACGGGGACUAAGCGAUCCCCACAAUUCACUACGGAUAUGGUGAAUGUGGGCCUUAAUCCCGAUUUCACAGAUGUUGCAGGACUUGGCUUUAGACACAACCUCCAUCGCCAGCGAAUACAAAAGACUAGCGAUCGACCUACUCCGGGUGCUCGACAUGGUAUAAUUCGCAAUGGUGCCUAUGAACGUCUGAACGACUCAGGUACCUCUGAACUCGAGGAGGCCGUAGCCAAAGCCCCGAUCCUCCGCGGCGAAUCCCUUCAAGCUCGUCUUAUGCGCCAAAUCAAUCCUCCCACCUUUAAUACCAGCCCUUCACGAGCGCGCUUUUUCGUCAUCAAAUCCUUCUCCGAGGACGACAUUCACCGCUCCAUUAAAUACUCAAUCUGGUGUUCAACAGAAGCAGGGAACAAAAAACUGAACACUGCCUACACUGAAGCCGCGAGCGCUGGCGUACCUAUUUACCUGUUUUUUUCGGUAAAUGGGUCUGGUCACUUCUGCGGCAUCGCGGAAAUGACCUCCGGCGUGGACUACUCUACGCGAUCAGGUGUCUGGGCACAAGACAAGUGGCAGGGCCAAUUUUCGGUCAAAUGGAUCUAUGUAAAGGAUGUCCCCAAUAUGGUGCUGAGACACAUUCAUUUGGAAACCAAUGACAACAAACCGGUGACUCAUUCGAGGGAUACUACCGAGGUCCCCUUAGAGCAUGGCCAACAAGUGUUAGACAUUUUUGCUAAGUAUGACAACGCUACGUCUAUCCUGGAUGACUUCGAUUACUAUGAGAGGAGGGAACAACAGGAGGUAUGCCGAUUCCAUUAA